GAUCUCCGGUAUGAGGGAACAGUGACCUCAAACCCCGCAGCGUCCAGUCCCGCUCACUCCGCCCCUCUGCAGAGAACCGGAGCCCCAUUCAAACUAAAGUCCGCGCCCCGGGAUGCCACAGCGGCUGUAGAGGGAGAUAACGGCGGCUACGGCAGCAGAAGAGGCAGAAACACACCCUUUCACCCAAAACCAGCCGCAUUUGAGACGCCCAGCCGGGCUCAGUCAGCUAACAGGAGGCUAACGGCACCAACAUGGCGAGCGCCUCGUACCACAUCUCCAACCUGCUGGAGAAAAUGACCUCCAGUGACAAAGAUUUCAGGUUCAUGGCCACCAACGACCUGAUGACAGAGUUACAGAAAGAUUCCAUCAAACUGGACGACGACAGUGAGAGAAAGGUGGUGAGGAUGAUCCUCAAACUGUUGGAAGACAAAAAUGGAGAAGUUCAGAACCUGGCGGUUAAAUGCCUGGGCCCUCUGGUCAGUAAAGUGAAGGAGUACCAGGUGGAGACCAUCGUGGACACGCUGUGUACCAACAUGCUGUCGGACAAAGAGCAGCUCCGGGACAUCUCCUCCAUCGGACUCAAAACCGUAAUCGGAGAGUUACCGCCCGCCUCCAGCGGCUCUGCUUUAGCGGCCAGCGUUUGUAAGAAGAUAACCGGUCGGUUGACGAGCGCCAUCGCCAAACAAGAAGACGUGUCUGUGCAGCUGGAGGCCCUGGACAUCAUGGCCGACAUGCUCUGCAGACAAGGCGGCCUGCUGGUGAACUUCCAUCCCUCCAUCCUCAGCUGUUUGCUCCCCCAGCUCACCUCCCCCAGACUGGCCGUCAGAAAGAGGACCAUCAUGGCUCUGGGCCACCUGGUGAUGUCCUGUGGGAAUCUGGUCUUCAUCGACCUGAUCGAGCACCUCCUGGCGGAGCUGGGGAGGAACGACAACAUGUCCACCACCAGGACGUACAUCCAGUGCACGGCGGCCAUCAGCAGACAGGCGGGACACCGGAUUGGAGAGUACCUGGAGAAGAUCAUCCCUCUGGUGGUGAAGUUCUGCAACGUGGACGACGACGAGCUCCGGGAGUACUGCAUUCAGGCCUUCGAAUCCUUCGUCAGGAGGUGUCCAAAAGAGGUCUACCCCCACGUUCCCACCAUCAUUUCCAUCUGCCUGCGCUACCUGACCUACGACCCCAACUACAACUUUGAUGAUGAGGAUGAGGAUGACAACGCCAUGGAUGCUGAGCAGAAUGAUGAAGACUAUCAGGGCAGCGACGACGAGUACAGCGACGACGACGACAUGAGCUGGAAGGUUCGCAGGGCGGCGGCCAAGUGUCUCGACGCGGUCGUUUCAACUCGUCACGAGAUGCUGCCCGAGUUCUAUCGCUCGGUCUCUCCUGCACUCGUCUGCCGCUUCAAGGAGCGAGAGGAGAACGUGAAGGCGGACGUUUUCCACGCCUACCUGUCCCUGCUGAAGCAGACCCGACCGGCUCAGAGCUGGCUUGCUGAUCCGGACGCCAUGGAGCAGGGAGAAACGCCGCUAACGAUGCUGCAGAGCCAGGUGCCCAUGAUCGUUAAGGCUCUCCACAAGCAGCUGAAGGAGAAAAGUGUGAAAACUCGCCAGUGCUGCUUCAACAUGUUGACUGAGCUGGUGAAUGUCCUCCCGGGAGCGCUGACCCAGCACAUCCCUGUACUCAUACCAGGCAUCAUCUUCUCUCUGAACGAUAAGUCCAGCAGCUCCAACCUGAAAAUCGACGCCUUGUCCUGCCUCCACGUCAUCAUGGUCACACACCCCGCCCAUGCCUUCCACGCCCACGUCCCCGCCCUUGUCCCGCCCGUGGUGGCGUGCAUGGGAGACCCCUUCUACAAGAUCACCUCAGAGGCUCUGCUUGUUACCCAGCAGCUUGUCAAGGUGAUCCGACCUCUGGAUAACCAGUCGGAGGGCUCAGACAGCUUUGACCCCUCCCCUUACAUCAAUGACCUCUUCACCUGCACGAUCAGACGCCUGAAGGCCGCCGACAUCGACCAGGAGGUCAAAGAGCGAGCAAUUUCCUGUAUGGGACAGAUUAUCUGCAACCUAGGCGACCGCCUGCCCAACGAGCUUCCAGGAACGCUGCUGAUCUUUUUGGAACGCCUCAAAAAUGAGAUCACACGGCUGACUACGGUAAAAGCGCUGACGCUGAUCGCCGGCUCUCCGUUAAAAAUCGAUCUCAGGCCAGUUCUUCCCGACGCCGUUCCCAUCCUCGCCUCCUUUCUCAGAAAGAACCAACGAGCUCUGAAGCUCUGCACGCUGGCGGCUCUGGAUAUCCUGCUGAGAAACUACAGCUCUGCAGUGACGCCUGUCAUGGUGGACGCCGUCCUGGCUGAGCUGCCGCCUCUGAUCUCAGAGAGCGACAUGCACGUGUCUCAGAUGGCGCUGUGCUUCCUGUCCACGCUGGCAGUGACUCACCCGUCCUCGCUGGGCCAGCUGAGCGGAGGGAACAUCCUUCAGCAGCUCAUCGCGCUGGUUCGAUCCCCGCUGCUGCAGGGAGGAGCGCUCGCCGCCAUGCUGGAGUUCUACCAGGCUCUGGUGGCUACAGACACUCCCGGUUUGGGCUACAUGGACCUGCUGAGGAUGCUGACGGGCCCGGUUUACUCCCAAAGCGCCGCUCUGCCUCACAAACAGGCUUACUGCUCCAUUGCUAAAUGUGUCGCAGCUCUGACCAGAGCCUGUCCCACCGAGGGUCCUGCUGUGGUGGGACAGUUCAUCCAGGAUGUGAAGAACAGCCGCUCCACAGACUCCAUCAGACUUCUCGCUCUCCUCUCACUGGGCGAGGUGGGACACUACGUGGACCUGAGCAGCCAGCCUGAGCUCAAGACCGUCAUCCUGGAUGCUUUCUCCUCCUCCAGUGAAGAGGUGAAGUCCGCAGCCUCCUACGCCCUCGGCAGCAUCGCAGUGGGGAACCUCCCAGAGUACCUUCCCUUCGUCCUGCAGGAGAUCUCCUCCUCCAAGAGGCAGUACCUGCUGCUGCACUCGCUCAAAGAGAUCAUCAGCUCGGCAUCCGUGUCCGGCCUGAAGCCCUACGUGGAGUCUGUUUGGUCUCUGCUGCUCAAACACUGCGAGUGUCAGGAGGAGGGAACCAGGAACGUGGUGGCCGAGUGUUUGGGCAAACUGACGCUGAUCGACCCCGAAACGCUGCUGCCCCGGCUCAAAGGAUACCUGCUGUCAGGUUCGUCUUACGCCAGGAGCUCCGUGGUGACGGCGGUAAAGUUCACCAUCUCUGACCAGCCGCAGCCCAUCGACCCGCUGCUGAAGAACUGCAUAGGUGAUUUCCUUAAGACGCUGGAGGACCCGGACCUGAACGUGCGCCGUGUUGCCUUGGUAACGUUUAACUCCGCUGCUCACAAUAAACCCAGUCUGAUCAGAGACCUGCUGGACUCGGUUCUGCUGCAGCUUUACAACGAGACCAAAGUGAGGAAGGAGCUGAUCCGAGAGGUGGAGAUGGGUCCCUUCAAACACACGGUGGAUGAUGGGCUGGACCUUAGGAAGGCCGCGUUCGAGUGCAUGUACACUCUGCUGGACAGCUGCCUGGACCGACUGGACAUCUUCACCUUCCUGAACCACGUAGAGGACGGUCUGAAGGACCACUAUGACAUCAAGAUGCUGACCUUCCUGAUGCUGGCUAGACUGUCGUCACUUUGUCCCAGUGCCGUCCUGCAGAGACUGGACAGACUGGUGGAGCCGCUGAGAGCCACCUGCACCACCAAGGUCAAGGCAAACUCGGUGAAACAGGAGUUUGAGAAGCAGGAUGAGCUGAAGCGAUCGGCGAUGCGAGCAGUCGUCGCGCUGCUCACAAUCCCCGAGGCCGAAAAGUCGCCGCUGAUGUCAGAGUUUCAGUCCCAGAUCUCAUCCAAUCAGGAGCUGGCGGCCAUCUUUGACUCCAUUCAGAGAGACUCCAGCUCCGCCAACAUGGAGUCAAUGGACACCAGUUAAACACAGACAAAACAAGUCCCCGUGAUGCAACAAGGCACCACCCCGCUGCUGGAGCGCCAACCCCGCAGCAUGUUUCCAUAACAGCGUACACACACACACACACACACACCGUUGUAGUGACACACCCUCUCCUAGCGAUCGAUUGUUCCAUGAUCCGUUGCACUGAUUUCUGCAGUUUGGGGGAAAAGCACGAAGACGGAUGGACGGCUCACAGAAAGGGACGGAAACAAAGAUUGAGAAAUAAAAACCCGUAAAAAAAAUUCCCAUCAAAGGUUUGGAAACUUCGUACAAGACCUGAUGAUUGGCCGAUCUCCCUGUGCGUCAUUCUGUUUCUUUUUCAUUAUUCCAGAAAGUUCCACAGGUACUGUAACCUGAUUGGCUGCUGCUGAGUGACUGACAGCGCGUUAUCAAAAUGGACCAAUGGGGAUCAGAUUUAGACAAACAGCCAUUCAGGACUGAGGCUGUGGUUACCAGGAGAGGGGCUCGUUGGUGGUUUUUUUGUUGCUGUUUUUGCGAAUGAUUUAGGUAACCAAUAGGAAACUAUGGGGAGAGGAUGAUGGGCGGGGCUUAAGUUUGUGGAGCGAUUAGCAUCUGUUUCCUCCGAUUCAGUUGACCUGCCCUUGACUUCUAAGCUUUGAGAGGAUGAAGGGACGAGGAUGUGUCGGACCAGGCCCCAUCUGACCACACCCGACUGGACCACUGGUGAUGUUGCUAUGGUAUCCUGGAGUAAACAAAGUAACAAGGUUCUGACUGUUCUGUACGUUCGGUUUCCUCAAACCAGUCCAAACCAGUUCAGUUUUGCCGGCCGUGGUUUGACUUUACUGUGUCCUGCUUGUUGGCUUCGUCUGAUGUGGUCAAACCAGGCUCAGACUGCUUUGAUCCAGUUCAGUCCGGUAUGGUCAGGACAAUCCGCUGUUGUUUAUCGCCAAUAAAAAUUAAAAGGUCCAUUUCUGCCUGCCUUCAUA